AUGUCGACGCAUUCCCCCGGAGGGGCAUCCAGAGGGGAACGGAACGAGAGGCUUCCGGACACUGUCCUCACCUCACCAGAAACUUCUGCGGGUGGGCGGGGCGUCCGCAGUUUCCACGGCGACGGCCGACGGCACGACGUUAGAGGCCCCGCCGACAACCUGCUGGCAGGAGGGCAGCGGCAGCCGCCGCGGUCCAGAGAGGCGGACAGGGAGACAGACCAAGGGAACGGAGGCCCAACCCACCCCCGGGCCAUGAGGGAUGUCACCAAAGGUGUUCAUCUUAAGGGACAGUCCUUUCCCAUUAAAGCUGAAAUGGAAGAUGAAAAAGUCUUUCACAUUAAAGAUGAAGAGGAGUCGCACUGUCAUUUCAUUAAAAAAGAGGCAGUUGAAGAACACCCCUACGUUAAAGUGGAGAAGGACCACUUCCUUACCAAUGACGGAGAAAAACCUCCCUAUUUCAAAGAGGAAGAGGAGCGCAUCAAUACAUUUCCAUUAAUUCCGGUGCCUAUUACAAGUGAUCAAGACAGAGGGGCAGCAAGCUACAGCAGCUCAAGUACACAUAUGACAACAGAAGGUUGUGGAUCCCAAGAAGACAAAGCUCCACUAUCAGAUAACAACGACACGUCAUACUCUCCAAAUACCGAUGACGAUAGACUUCCUGAAGUUCAAAAGGCAGGUCAGAAUGACGACAAACAAUGGAAAUGUGUUCAGUGUGGGAAAACAUUUACUUACAAUUACCUUUUGAAAAGGCAUGUGAUGAGCCACACUGGAGAGAAACCUUUUGCCUGCUCAGUUUGUGAGCAAAGAUUUUCCCAGAAGGAUCGCCUAAAAAUACACAUGAGAAAACACACUGGAGAGAAACCCGGCUCAGUUUUGGGUCAAAAAUUCUCUCAGGAGGGAGCCUUAAUACAUCACGAUAAAAAAAACCCUGAGGAUAAACCUUUUUCUUGCUCAGUUUGCAAUCAAAGAUUUUCUCAGAGGAGUUCCUUAAAAAUACAUGCAAGAAAACAUACUGGGGAGAAACCAUUUGCCUGCUUGGUUUGUGGUAAAAGAUUCGCUCAGAGGAGUUCCUUAAAAAUACACACAAGAAUGCACACUGGAGAGAAACCUUUCGCCUGCUCAGUCUGCGGCCACAAGUUCUACAGAAAAGGACAUGCGACAAGGCACAUACGAACGCACACUCAGGAAAAACCUUUUUCUUGCGCCGUUUGUGGUCAAAGCUUCUAUGAAAAGGGACUCUUAGCAACGCACACAAGAAUACACACGGGUGAGAAACCCUUUUCUUGCUCCGUUUGUGAUCAAAGAUUCUCCGAGAAGGGACACCUCACAACACACACGAGAACACACACUGGAGAGAAACCGUUUGCCUGCUCGGUUUGUGGUCAAAGAUUCUCUAAAAAAGGGAAUUUAAAAACACACACAAGAACACACACUGGUGAGAAACCCUUUUCCUGCUUAGCAUGUGGACAGAGGUUCUCUCAGAAGCAUCAAGUGAAGAGACACAAAUGUGUUUGUGAAAAUGGCACUGAAGUUUGCUGCUGA